AUGUUUCCGCCGCCUGGGACGAACGGCUUGCCGCCCAAGCCGGGCACGCACUCCUCGCCCGUUAAGAACGACCUCGCCAGCCGCCUGUCCUCCGCGCCCGGAGCGGGGCAGAAUGCCGCCGGCGGCCUCAACAUCCGGGGUCAUGCUGACAAGGCGCCACGGCCAGCUGAAUCCAGCUCGGCGCCGCGUGAAGAGCUCCACAUCCGCAGCUCUGCCAGUCGGGAUCAGGCGCCGAGGGAUGCCCAUCCACCCGAUCACCAUCGGCAACCGAGGGAGCCGCCACGGGACUCGAGGGACAGAGAACCGCGAGACGCUCGCGAUCAGCGGGGAGAGCCCCAUCGCCGGGACCACGACCGCAGAGACCCUCCUCCGCGCCCGCUAGACCCAGCUCGGGACCGCGACCGUAACGGACACAGGUCGCCGCGGGCUUAUGACCGAAGGGACGACAGGAGGGAUGACCGCAGAGACGAUCGGAGAGACGACCGCGAGCGCGAGCACCGCAGGGCGUCCCCGUCGAAGGAACGUCACCCCGCCGACCGGUACGACUCGUACGGCGGCGACAGAGGGCGGUACGACAGGUAUCCUCCCCGUGAUCGCUACGAUGACCGCUACGACGACCACCGAAGAGAUCCGCGCGAUUACCGAGACUCGCGGGACGACCGCCGAGGAGGAUACCGGGACGACCGACGGUACGACCGCCGCGACGACCACCGCAGGCACGAUCACCGCCGCUCGUCGCCUUCGAAGCGCGAGGACGGAGAGGUGCACGAGGAUGGCGAGAUCUUAGAGCCUGCAGUCAAGGCUGAUAAGCCGUCUUCCCCGACAGGAGAGGCUAAGCGACGGAGAUCGAGAUCCCCUGUGAAGCACGCGCACCUGCCGCCUCGCCCGGCGACCCCACCGCUCCCACCGCCUCGCCACGGCACGAGCAAGGAAGCGUCGCAUUCGCAUAGGCCUCCUACUCCGCCACCCAAGGAGUCUGCUUCGCACACUCGUCCUCCUACUCCUCCGACAAAGGACAAAAACGGUCGCCCGCCGACACCGCCGCCUCCGCCUCCGCCUCCCGGUGCCCCUCCCCCACCACCGAGCGACACCCCAAGUGGGACGCCGGACGCCCCGCCGCCGACGAAGAAGGCAUACGCGCCGCGCCCUCACGCCCCGAACCGAAACUUGAACGAGUCGACGUCUACCCCACGGGCUCUUACCCCUCAGCCGUCCCGUGAGCCACCAUCACUCAAGCACUUCAAAAUGCGGUCGACGGAGGAGGAGCAGGACGUGUACGCGCGCAAGUUCCGCGGCGUCACAACACUCGCGUCCUACGAUAUCGGUCUGAAGCUCGGUGAAGGCACAUUCGGAGUCGUGACCAAGGCGACGGACAGGACGACUGGACGAAAGGUCGCGCUGAAGAAGCUGAUCACGCACAACCCCCGCGACGGCGUCAGCGUCACGACUGUGCGCGAAAUCAAGAUCCUGAAGGAGCUGCGACACCCGAAUGUUGUGCCGAUCCUGGACAUGGUUGUGCAGCGUAAGAAGGACAAGACGCAGCUCAUGCCCGGCGAGCCGAUGUGCCGUGGCGAGGUCUUCAUGGUGUUCCCCUACAUGGACCACGAUCUGUGUGGUCUGCUGCUAAACAAGGACUUCCGCAUGACGCACUCUGUCGCGAAGCUUCUUCUCCGCCAGAUCCUGCAAGGUCUUGCAUACAUGCACGGCAACAACAUCAUCCACCGUGAUCUGAAGACGGCCAACAUUCUCGUCGGCAAGGACGGCAGCGUCAUGAUCGCCGACUUUGGACUUGCCCGAACGCUCGGCACAGAGCCCCUCCCGAAGCACUCGAAGCACGAGUAUACCAACAUGGUCGUUACACGAUGGUACCGCGCCCCCGAGCUGCUGUUAGGCGACGUGCACUAUGGACCCGCGAUCGACCUGUGGUCCAUGGGUUGCAUCCUUGGCGAGAUGUAUCUGCGCGAGCCGAUCUUCCCCGGCGACUCGGACCGUGACCAGCUUCUCAAGAUCUUUGCCCGCGUCGAGCCACCAAAUCAGCGCGUCUGGCCCGGCUGGGACAAGUUACCUGGUUUCCCGGACGCGAAGAACCACCCCUGGGACAAGACACACAAGGAGACAAACUUGCUCAGCCUCGCGCGCAAGUGGCAGAUGGACCGGGCCGGCGCGGACCUGAUGGUGAAGCUGCUCACGCUCGACCCUUCCAAGCGCCCGACGGCGAACGAUGCCCUCGACCACGUCUGGUUCUGGAGCGAGCCCCUGCCAGCCAAGCUCGGCAACAUCCCCGUCGUCGAGUCAAGUCACGAAAUGACGACCCGCGAGCGCGCUCCCGCCAACCGGGGCCGGCCGCAGAACCCCGCCUGGGUCCAGCCGCCGCCGCAAGCGCACGCCCGUCCCCAGCACGGCCGACACGGAUACCAGGGCCAGCACCCCCGACCGCAGUACAUGCACCAGCAGCAGCAGCCGCAACACCGCCCACCGCCAGGCUACAUGCCGCCAGCGGUGCCAGCGAUGGCGAUGGGCCACGCGGGCCCGGGCUUCAACAACAACAUGGGCGGUCCGCACGGUCCAAACCACGGAGGCAACCACCCAAACAGCUACGGCCGCGGUCCCCCAAUGGGCGGCCAGGGCCAUGGCCCACCGGGAGGUCACCAGGGCGGCGGGCGGGGACCUCCGCCUCCGUUCAAGCUCGCCGGCACCCGAACACGGGGCGUGUCCCGGCCCCAGCGUUCAGGUUGGCGGGGGGCAGGCAGCCCGGGGGAGCGCCGAGUUUUGGCGGCGCUGGUGGCCCGCAUAAGAGGCAGAGCCAGGGCGAGCCCCGCGGCAGAGACAAACGGCCGCGCACGGACGGGUCGUUGCCGUACUAGCGCGAGCAGCGCGAGCGAUAGCGAUCGCAGCGUGAGUGCCAUGGCAUGA